GUAAGUCGGUUAACUCUUCAUACUUGAGUUAAUUAAGUAUUGUAUAGACUAAGUUAUUAACACCGGGUAUACGUAUUUUGAUUUAUGAAGUAUUUAACUGUUAUUUUAUUUUUAAUGACAAAUAAUUAAUUUUAGUUUUAUGAUGAUCUUGAGAAAAUCAAGAUUUUCACAUUUUCAGUACAGCAAUCAAUUGCUAUUAAUUUCGUUAAUUUUUUUCUAAUCAAGUAAAAUUAGUAAAUUAUGGACAAACAUACUUCAAAAAAACGAUCAUCAGACGUUUUAAAUAUAAUACAUGAUGAUGAUGUAUCCUUUAAAAAAAUUAAACCACAUCAUUUAGAAGGACAAACUUUAAAUGAAUUUUUUGAAGGAAUGAAUGAUUAUGAAGAAAUAAGUUACAAAUGGUCUUUAAUUUCUUUGAUUGUUUAUGAAUUACUUAUUAUUAUAAGAAAUAAUAGCCAUAAAACAUCUACUGAAAUUCCCCAAAAUGAACAAAAAAAAAAUGUUGACAAUCACCAGUUUUCAAAUAAUACUGAAAAUCCAACAAUUUUAUCAAAUAAAAGUGAUUCUACAAAGAAGCAAAAAUAUUCAAAAAGCAAAAAAUUUUUGUCUGACAUGGAUAUUUUGAAAGCUGUCAAUGCAGAUAAAAUGACUAGUUUUAAAUAUACUGUAGAAAAUUCUAUUUUAAAUCUUAAAGAAUUUGAUGUAUUCAUUAAUAAGACUAGUGAUAUUUUAUUGCAAUCUGAAAAAAUUCAAGAAUGCGAGAAAUUAAAAGAUAACGUAAAUUGUCAAAACAUUACAAAACCAUCAAAACUUAAUUGCGAAAAACAACAAGAAUUGGUUAACCAUCAAAUUAUUUGUUCCUCAAAAAAAGCAGAUAAAAACAAUCAUGUUGUAAAAUUACCAAAGAAAAAUACUAAUGUAUUAUUAAAUUUAUUAUUAGAAGAAAAUUCAAAUUCAAAACCAAGUCACAAUUCAAAAUUACUAAACUACUUAAAAUCUCAAUGUGAUUUAGAUAUUAGGGGAUUAAAUAUCCCCGGGUCUAAACCAUUGUCAUGUCCUUGUAAUUACUGUAUUUUUGUUGAUAACUUACCAAAAAAUGAUUCUAUAGCCUAUAAUUUUGUCUCAAAAAUGAAUAAUAAAACCUACAAUUCAAACAUUAGUAUAGAUUCUAAUCAUUAUAAUUUGCAUAAUAAUAAUUUUCCUAUAGAAAAUACAUCUAAGUUGGAAUGUAAUAUUUGUGCAUGCAAUAAUAUAAGUGGAAUGAGAAACAAUUGUCCAUGUGCUAACACAAGACCAAGUACAAAUUACCAUAAUCAAUCGGAUUAUAUUAAAAAUUCAAAUAAAGCUUGGGUUGAUGAUCUUACUUUAUUAAUUAAGCAAAAUCGUUUUAUGUAUGAAAUUCGUGAAGAAAAUACCAUUUAUGAUUCUAUUGAAUCAUAUAUUAAUAUUUCUGAAAUUAUGAGUGAAGUAUAUAAAGCAGCUGAAAAAAUCAAGUCCCAUCUUCCAUUGUGUAAAAUUUGUGGGAAGUCUAAACCAUCAUAUUUAUCUGAAUGUGAUUGUUCAACGAACAAUGCUGAAACAUUCAAUUAUAUUAUAAAUCAAAAUGAAUGUUAUAGCCCUAAUUCUUUUUAUAAUGACUAUCAAUAUUAAUUUAUUAUUAUUUUUAGUAUAAAAUAAACCCCAAAAAAAAUUUACUUGAUACUUUUUCUCCAUUCCUUAUUUCAAUGCAUAAAUUUUUGAUUACCUAAUUUGUUAUAUUUUAUUGAAUCUUUUUCUCAUUGCAUAUAUAUAUAUAUAUAUUGUUAUUUGAUUAUCCAUUCUUAAUUUUAAUUUAAUUCAUAGUAAACUUUAAAUAAUAACAAGUAUUUAUUAGCGUAAAAA